AUGCCUCCAGUCCAGCAUCCGUACCCAGGGUUCUUCGGCCCAGGCAAAGGCAUACGUGCCUUGAACGGGCGUCUUCGCAAUGGGCAUCCCCAUCCCAUCUUGGUCAAUGUACAAGAUGGCACCUCUUACCCUAUAAGAGGGCCUACCACUCGAUGCUCCUCGCCCACAACACCUCCCGCCGAACGACGUGCCUACGCAGCACGAGAAGAGGCGCGUAAGACCAAGAACCAUUCUCCAACCCGGGAAACUUCAGAGGGGUCAGCUUCAGUCCCACCGCAGGCAUGUCACACCCAUACUCACCGAGUGUAUUCAGAGCGUGAGCCCCAGCCUGAACCCGAAUAUCUGCCACAGCCGCACAAGCAUUCGACCAAGCAUCAUCGAAAGGCACCGAAGCCUGUUGAACUCCCACGCCGACGUGACUACGAUGCGGAAUCUACCUGGAGCACUAACGUGCAUGUCCCGUGGCCUGCUCACCAUUCUUACUACCAUCACCACCAUCACGAUCAUGCAGCUCAUCCCGAUCAUUACACGUUCAAGGCGCCCUUCAAUUGCCAUUGCCCCGAAUGUUAUCAGGCGACUCAUCGGCCUGUGGCCACUGAUGCUCCCCAGCCCGUCGAGGUAACCAAGGAGAAUCCCGUGCAGACAAAAUACCUCUACGAGCACCACCCGCACUCCUUCGGACCUCACCCAGUCCCUGUUGAUCCCCGUGUCCCUUGCCGCUGUGGAUACGUGCAUGUCGAGCCUGCUCGGGAGCAGCCAUCUCGACCUACGAGCCCUGACAAACAUCGAAAGGGACAUCGUAAACAUUCGACUGAACCUGGGGAGAGCAGAUCUCAUCGUCAUCGGCGCCGCCGACACCGCCGACACCGUCGGUACACGAGUGAUUCAUUCUCCGAUACGACGAAUGAUGAUGUGGACGAUACGAGUUUGGAGAGCGAUGAGGAAACUCGGACUGCGGGUGAGAAAGUUGAGUAUGAGGUGCCGAGUGAUUGGCAGUUCUGUAGUGAGUGCUGCUGGGGUCAUCCUGUGUUUUAUAUUGUGCGGUAA